AUGCUUGAGGAUUUGCUGGUGCGGAGUGGUAUCGCCGCCGGCUUUGUCCUCCGUCCAGGCCAACGCACGUCCAGUCGUUUGUCUGCGCUCCAGCCGUCCACCCUCAGGCUGAUAGAGGACAAGCACAGAUGGCUGAGGCUAUUGAGCGACGUUUACUUCCAUGACAUCUUCGCUUUCUCGCAGCAGCGCUUCUACGUGGCGCAUAUGGCUACGGUGGCCGCUAAGAGGGCCAAGGCGGCGAUUAGGCAGGACCGUCGGGCAAACGCCCAGCGCCUUGCACUGGAGGCGAAGGAAGCUUUUUCCCGCGGGGACCCUCGAGGAGCUUACAAACUCAUCUCGGUGUUAGCUCCCAAGGGCAAGGCCUCGGCUGUUUCCAUUCGCUUGGAUGGGGAGCUCUGCUGGUCUGCGCGCCAAGAACUGUCAGCCCGGGAACAAGCCUUGGGAAAGAUCUACGGAGCCACGCGCGUCGGCCUUCAUCUGCCAGACCCUGGAGCCCCAGAGGAUAUAUUAACCGAGCAGGGAUUGAUGCAGAGGUUUGGUGUCAGUUCGAGGCGCCCUGUCUUGACCUCUGCUUCUAAUUGUGCCGACGACUUGGACGACUACGACGUCUUCACACCAUCCAUGAUCGAAUCUAUGAUCAACCAGAUGCCGAAUUUCAAGGCCGGGUUAUCGAUCUCUGCGGCACGCCCUGGCGGGCCGUUGCGGGGAGCAGUCAGUGAGUUGUUCAAGCUCGCAUCCGAGAUCAUCGCGGAGCCCCUCGCGGAGCUGUCCACUGGAAUGGGUGCGUUGGUGUCGUUCCCUGCCUCUUUUCGGGAUGGUGAAAUGGCCUCCCUUCGCAAGCCUGGCAAAGGGGACGGUUCGGACCCUGAGAACGACUACAGGUACUUGUCUUUGCUCAGCCACUGGGGGAAACAGCUCCUCAAAACCUUCCUGGAGCCUGCGAUGUUGGAUUUCGCCUCCGCCUUGUUGCCGGUGCAGUUUGGAGGCCUCCCUUGGCGCUCAACGCGGGACGCCAUCGGCAUUGUGGAGGAGAUUAUCAAUCGUGUCACCUGCGCCGCCAACAAGCGCCGUAGCCAUGCCCGGUCUCGCUGGAUAUUGGUGCAGGCGCUCUUUGACCUAGGCAAGGCGUUCGACAAUGUCGACCGUGAAAUGCUCUGGGACACACUUGCUUCUAUGUCUGAUCGCGUGCGUCUCCGCCUACUACUGGAGGAGGCCCACAACGGCACUUACAUCUUGUUGAAGGAUACUCGCACAGGCCGCGUGGUGCGGCGCCUCUCGGUCCACCAGGGCGUGCGUCAAGGGUCGGUGGAGGGGCCCAUAUGUUUCGUUAUAUUGUAUGACGUCUCUUUGCGGCUCAUCCAGGGCGCGAGGGGCGAGGACAACUACCAGUUCGUGGCCAAGCUGAGUCCGCAGCUUGACAACUUCUUAGGGCUGAGCUCGGAUUGCGUGGACAUCAAAGUCGGAGAGACCGUCUUCAUGGACGACUUGAGCGCCAUGGAAUUGUUCCCCGACUUCGCCUGCGUGGAUGCAUUCCUCACCCUGAUCGCGCAGGUCUUGGUUGAGCAACGUUACGUGGUCAAUUAUUCCAAGCUGGAGGUUACUGCCCGGUGCUUUGGUGCUGGCGCGAAGGCCUUUAACAGGAAGGUCAAGAAAGGCCAGCUGUUUGUGCAAGUCGAGGGCGUGCGCAUCACUGUCCGUGAACACGCGAAGUACCUCGGCUCCCGCACUGCGAUUUCUGGGACGCCGACGGUGGAGGCCAAGGCCAGGGUGAAGUCCGCAUCCACAGCACACCACCGCCUUUCUGCUCGUUUCUGGAAGUGCCACGCCUUCGACUUGCAGGCGAAGGUGGCGCUGUGGGUAGCACUUGUCCGCUCUAUACUGAUGUACGCUCUUGAGGCUAAGUUCUGGAGCACUGCUGCAUUAUUACGUUUGGAAAAGUUCCAGACCAGGUGCCUUCGGCACCUUGCACGCUUGCCCGCGCACCUCACCCGUGUGCGAUCUGAAACAGUGCGUGAAAAAUGCAAUGUCCCCACGGUCGAGUCCUCCUUGAGACUCAGGCGGCUGCAGUGGACUCGCAAAGUGGUUAGUCCCGUUUUCCGUGACGAUGAUAACAACCCCCUCUUCGGCACCCUUGAGUACGACCCCACGGUCGCUGUCAGGGCCGCUUUCUUCGGGAGGUUCGAGUUCGAGGGGAGGCGGGUCGAGGGCCAGAUGACGGUGCGGCAACGCAUUGUAUUAUCGGAUCUGCAGUUGGUGCACGAUCGCGGGGACGAUGCUCUCCGCGGGCUUGCUCAGGGGCUUGGUGUGGAUCGAGGGUUGGAUCAGCUUACUGUGUCCUGGCUGGAGUGGCUGGCUCGGAUCCCGAUCGACUCCAUCAAUGUCGUGCUCGCGUUUGCUUCUACUUUGGUCGAGGACCCUCCGGAGCCCCAUACGCCGUGUCCUGAGUGCGGCGUGCUGUGUCGCGGUCCCCGGGGGCUCAGUAUCCAUCUCGCCCGGAAGCAUAAGUUGGUCGAGUCCGUUCCUCUCGGCCAGCUCCAGUGUCCGCAGUGCCACAAGUCGUUUACACGUCGCGAUACCCUCAUUCGACACUUCCGGCGUACCCAGUGGCCCCUGUUCCGGCUGCCCCCGAUGCUCUUGACAGCGCUGCCCGCCGCGUUGAUCUCGGCUCGAGCCUGGGUCUGGCACCCCCCGACGCACCUGCCGCUCGCGCCAGCUUCGGACGUGGUCAUGUUCGAGGCGAUCUCGUCCCCGCCGCGCAAGACGGCCAAGAUCGAGGGAGGGGGCGCGGCCGCGGCCGCGGCCGGCAGGCAGCAGGUCCCCGACUUCCCAGGGCAGAAGGACCGGAAGGGCUCCGAAAAGGCCAAGGGCAAGGACGCGGGGAAGGCCAAGCGCGUGGACGAGGACGAGGACGACGGGGAGGGCGACCGGGUGCCGCAUCCGAAGGGCAAUCGGGCCAAGGAGCUGCGGCUGCUGGAGGCUCUAUCGAGGUUGACGAUUUCCCUGGACGACGAGAGGGCCCAGAAGAUGCGAGACGAAAACGUGGUGCUGACCGGGCCCGUGGAGCACCCUCUGAUGGCGGAGAUGGCGGUCAUGGUAGAGCGGUACCAGGAGGCCGGAACCACCGCGCGCAAGGCCGCGUACGAGGCGGGCGAGGACUACAAAGGCCACCCUUACGGGAAGAAACCGACGGCGAUGCUCAACUCCCUGAUGUUCCGGCUUUCGAACCACAUGGAGAAGCACAGGGAGGCCGUGCUCGCGCGCGUGGAGGGCGAGCAAGGGGCCGAGGCGCGCGCGGCCGCCGAUAAGGCGCUCUCGUGGCUCGAGCACGUGGGCGGCUCGGCGGAACGGGCCCCAAUCGCGGCCGCGCGGUGCUUCACUGUGCGCACGGAGGACCCCGACGGCAUCGAAGACACAGCCUAUUGCAAGUGGAUCUUUGCAGCCAAUCGCGCGCCCCUGUUCCUGGAGAUGUGGGGCAUCUUCCAGGCCUUCAGCCUCCUGCGCGAGUUGGGCCUCACGGUUGGCGAGGACCACGGCCCCAGAUCCAAGUACGCCAAGGAAGUCUCUAAGAUAGCCUUUGGGGCCAAGGGCAAGGGCAAAGGGAGGGGCGCCCUGUUCCUGGCCAAGAAGUAG